GCGCUAGACACUUGUCGCCUCCACACAGCUGAAGCCUCCCCAUUUCUCUUCAAGCAAACAUCAGUUUCUUUCUCUCUCUUUCCUCGACAAUAUUUCGAUUUUCACCCUAUUUUUAUUUUAUUUUAUUUUUGGUUUACUUACCAAAAAUUAAAUACUGGCAAAAACAAAAUUAAAAGGGCAAUUUGAGUUGAGAUCAACUUUGAUAGCUGCUGUUCAAAACAAGAAAUGGGAUCUCAUCUGAAUUUCAAGAACUUCGGUGAUGCUCCAAGUAUGGAAGGAAACGAGUCUAAGCCACUGGGGAAUUUUCCAUUGACAAGGCAGUCAUCCAUAUACUCGUUGACUUUUGAUGAGUUACAGAACACCUUUAGUGGAAUUGGAAAGGACUUCGGAUCAAUGAACAUGGAUGAACUCUUGAAGAACAUAUCAACUGCUGAAGAGACUCAGGCUUUUAUGACAGCUACAGUUCCAGGUGGAGAAGGAAGUCUUUCUGGAGGCAAUCUACAGAGGCAAGGAUCAUUAACGUUGCCAAGGACUCUUAGCCAGAAAACGGUUGAUGAAGUAUGGAGAAACUUGAUGAAAGAAAAUGAUGGUGCUAAAGAUGGAAGCAGCGGUGGUGGUGGUGGUGGUGGAGCAAAUUUGCCACAGAGACAACGGACUUUGGGAGAGAUGACUUUGGAGGAAUUUUUGGUGAAAGCAGGUGUUGUAAGAGAAGAUAUGCAACAAUUUGGAGUUCCAAAUAAUACUGGAUUCUUUGGUAAUAAUAACUCGGGUGUAGCUCUUGGAUUUCAACAGAUAAAUAGAAACAAUGGGUUUUUGAGUAACAAUAACUCAGUUCUUAGUCAGCCUCCAAGGUUACCACAGAACAUGACUGGAACCAAAUCCUCACAACCUCAACAGCAGCAGCAGCAGCAACAACAACCACCACAGCAGCAGCAGCAACCCCAGGCACGGCCACUCUUUCCAAAGCAGCAAACAGUUGCCUUUGCUCCAUCUAUGCACUUAAUGAACACUACACAGCUUGCUAGUCCAGGAGGUAGAAGUUCAAUGGUUGGAAUUGGUGACCCUUCCAUGAAUAGUAAUAUUGUUCAAUCUAGUGGGCUUCAGAGUGGUGGGAUGGGAAUAGUGGGUAUAGGAUCUCCAGGAAGCCAGAUAUCAUCCGAUGUCAUUUCAAAGAACAGUGUAGAUACCAGUUCUUUGUCCCCAGUUCCUUAUGUAUUUGGCCGGGGAAGAAAAUGCAGUGCAGCUUUGGAGAAAGUAGUUGAGAGAAGGCAAAGGAGAAUGAUCAAGAAUAGAGAAUCAGCUGCAAGAUCUCGAGCUCGCAAGCAGGCCUAUACAUUGGAACUUGAGGCUGAGGUUGCAAAACUUAAAGAAAUUAACGAAGAACUGCAGAAGAAACAGGAAGAAAUGAUGGAAAUGCAGAAAAUUCAGACGUUAGAAGCAGUGAAUCGAGCAUGGGGAGGUGGUAAAAGACAAUGCUUGAGAAGGACACUCACAGGCCCUUGGUAGAGUUGGAACUUCUGAUACUAUAAAAGUUACUUAAGAUGCACAAGCUCGACCAUUGGUACGAGACAAAAGGAUUGGGUUACGCAUCUAUUAUCUGUAAUCUUCAUACUGCAGAGGGUUUAGAUUAGCUGUAUGUAUAAGAAGAGGAAAGGGUUUUGCGUUGUAAAUUAUCAACUUUGAGAUACUGUUAGUUUCAGUCUGUAGAUUAGAUUGUUAUUAUUAUUAUUGGCUUGUUGGAUCUCUGUAUUGCUUCUUAUGAUAUAACCUUGACUGCCAAGGCUUGUAGGAUUGUUAAUCUCUAACCUUAAUCAGAUUUGACUUAUAAAUUUAAGACAAGUUUAUCUUUU